GCGCGGCCGGGAGGGAGGGGCCGCCUGCAGGUGCGCGACGGGCGGACGGACGGACGGAGCAGCGCAGCGGCGCGCCUCCUGCUGCCCUGGCCGGGAGGAUGGGGCCGGGGGGCCGGGCGGCGGCGGGCGAGCGGCGGGCCCAGGGCCACGUGAGGGUGCUGUCGUCGCUUCUGUUUGGCUUUACAUCUUAGCAGUGUCUGGGAAGCUCCUUGUCCUUGUCCUUCCCCUCCCAGCUGCAAUCCUGAGCCUUUGCUUUCCCCCAGGAUGUCUCAAGUGGAGGCCGUUGUGUGUUUCCGCCCUGAGGGAGACCGUAUGAUGUCCCCUCAACACUUCCCUCGAGCUCUGGAGAGGAGACCUCGUCCGUCACCGUCCAAGAAUGCAGACCUGGCUGCCUUCAGCCCUCAGCCCUGCCUCACACCCAACCUGAAUGCUGGUCGGCUCCACCUUCUCCGCAAGGGGCUGACCCCUGAAGCCAGGUGGUCCCAGCUGGGCAUGUACAGCAGCACCGGUUCCCUCAUCCACAGAGUGGCCGAGAUGAGUUGCCUGGGCAAUGGCAGCUGCCCCAGCUCAGGGAGAGUGACAGCCCCAUGCACCCCACUGAGGAGCAAGCCGUCCCAUUCCCUGGGCUCUCCAGGUAGCCGCAGCCCUUUGGUGGCCCCGGUCCCUGGUGGACAAAGCUCCGUGGUGACCUUCCGCUUUAUUGAGAAGGCCAGUGUGAAAACCCUGAACGGCCUCCCCCUGGCAGAGCCCAAGAGGGAGAAGGGGCUGAGCAGGAGCCUGGAACUGGGGGAAGCCCUCGCCUGUGGCCCCAGCAAGCAGGGGAAUGGUUGCCCCACUCUCCCAAAGCAGCUGUGUUCUCCACAGCACAAAGCGGUCACAUCCCCAGCGCCUGCCACUCACGUUGUGAAGGAGGAGGCCAGGUCGAAGAUAGACAGCUCCACCACAGCGCCUGCAGGCAAACAGGCCGCACUGGCCCUUGGCAGUAAAGUCCAGGAGCACCUGAGUCACAAGUUGAAGCUGGAAACUUCUGCUUCAGACCCCCUUCUGACGGGAAGCAAGUUCCUUGCAAGCGCACAAUCCUCCUCCCUGAGCCUGGGCCACGGGAGCCUCCUUCGCCCUCUGGCUGCUCACUGCCUCUCCAGCUCCCUCACCAAUGGGAUGAGCAGCCCUGCCAGGGAUCUCUCGGUGCUCUGGAGAGGUCCACAGAGUGAAGAAUCCCAGGGAGGCCCGUGGGCAUAUUCCCGUGAGUGUUCUGCUCAUGCGCAGCGCAUAGCCAAGGCCAAGUGGGAAUUCUUCUAUGGCUCAUUGGACCCUCCUGGGACAGGGAUGCCCUCUCAGAAGCAACCUGUUCCUCAAUCUCCAGUCCUCGAGAAAUGCAGCCGCCCAGCACAACCGAAGCAAGACCGGUUGGGGCCAGAGCGUAGCUUGUGUCAUGUGGAGGUUGAAAUUGAGAUGGAUCCUUCAGGAAGUCCAAAGCCAGCAAACUGUGAAACGGGAAUCAUUCGGAGAACAGUGAAGUAUUCUGAGACUGACCUGGACUGUGUUCCCUUGAGGUGCUACCAUGAGACCAACAUUGAUGAUAUCCUGGCUGAGAAGGAAGAAGUGGAUUCUGCCAUUGAGAGUCAGAAGGACAGCGAAAGCAAUCAUAGUUUCACAGGAACCUUAGGGAAAGCGAGCAUUGUUCUGGGGGACCCUUUUACUCAGCACAACCUGGAGAAUGAUGCCAAGUGUCUGAGAAAUGGGAUACAGGUCAAUGAAGAUGAUGAGGUGUUUGAAGCCAUACAGCAGCAAGCAGAGAGGAUCAUGGACAGACAUACACAAGAGCUGCUUAAGUCUCCAGUGCCCUUCCUCCUGGGCCACAGCCUAUCCAAAGAUGGGAUGGAUUCAUUCAGCAAACAUUUCGAGAGCAUCAUGGAGUCCCACCGAGCCAAAGGCACCUCCUACACCAGCCUUGAUUCCAUUGACAUCCUGUCCUCUCCUGUUCAUACCCACAACAGCACUUAUUUCAACUUUGACCUCCCUACCCUUACCCCAGAAAUGCAAGAACAAAUUCGAGACAGUGCCAAGCUCAUAGAGCAGAAUUUUGCCCCUUUGGCCCUCCUGGAGCCAGACUCUGGAACUAGUUCAGCCACAGAUGCCCCCUGGACAGAACGGGAAGAGGACCCCCAACAAGGCCAAAAGAGCCCUUGCCACUCAGAGGAUAGCUUGGGUAUUCCCCUGGCCUCCAUCAUCAGUGAGCACCCGCUCAGCCAGCAGGUCUCUGACUCGGACUCCGAAAUGGACAGCACCGAACAGCUGGCCCUGGGCAGCACCGACACCCUCUCCAAUGGGCACAAGGCGGAUCUGGAGGCAGCCAAACGCCUGGCAAAAAGACUGUACAAUCUGGACGGCUUCAAGAAGGCAGACGUGUCCCGCCACUUGGGGAAGAAGUACGUUAACGAUUUUAGUAAGAUGGUUGCAGGGGAGUACCUGAAGUUCUUUGAAUUCACUGGCAUGAGUCUGGACCAGGCACUUAGGUCCUUUCUGAAGGAGCUGGCCCUCAUGGGGGAGACUCAGGAGCGGGAACGAGUCUUGGCCCAUUUUUCCCAGCGUUAUUAUGAAUGCAACCCCGCAGCCAUCUCUUCUGAGGAUGGAGUUCACACUCUGACCUGUGCUCUGAUGCUGCUCAACACAGACCUGCAUGGACAUAACAUUGGAAAGCGAAUGUCUUGCUCUGAUUUCAUCGGGAACCUGGAGGGACUCAAUGGAGGGAGCGAUUUCCCCCGGGAUCUGCUCAAGGCUUUGUAUAGCUCCAUCAAGAAUGAAAAGCUGCAGUGGGCCAUAGAUGAAGAAGAACUGCGCAAGUCCCUUUCGGAACUAGCAGACCCUAACCCAAAGUCCAUCAAACGCGUCAGCAGCUCCAGUAACCCUUUUCUGGACUUCUCCCAAGAUCCCAGCAUCGUCACCUACAAGCACGGCCUCCUGGUGCGCAAGAGCCACGCCGAGCCCGACUGCAAAAAAACACCCAGAGGGAAGCGAGGAUGGAAGACGUUCCAUGGGGUUCUAAAGGGAAUGAUCCUGUAUCUACAGAAGGAGGAGUACAAGCCCGGCAAGGCCCUGGCUGAGGAGGAGCUGAAGAACGCCAUCAGCAUUCAUCACUGCUUGGCCACCCAAGCGUCUGACUACAGCAAAAGGCCCAACGUUUUCUACCUCAGGACAGCUGACUGGAGGGUCUUCCUUUUCCAAGCCCAGAACACAGAGCAAAUGCACUCCUGGAUGACACGCAUCAAUGUGGUGGCCGCCAUGUUUUCUGCCCCACCCUUCCCAGCUGCCAUCGGAUCCCAAAAGAAGUUCAGCCGCCCCCUCCUGCCCAGCUCCACCACGCGACUGACUCAGGAGGAGCAGUUGAAAAGUCACGAAGCCAAAUUCAAAGCUAUGGCUGCUGAGCUGCUGGAACACCGUGCCUCCUUGCCCGAUAAAAAGGUCAAGGGCAAGGAGUACGAGGAGCUGAAGCAGAAGGAGGAAUACCUGGUGUUUGAGAAAUCACGCUACGGCAUCUACGCCACUUUAAUGCGUGCCAAGCUGAAGGCCGGCUCUGAAGACCUGGCUGCACUGGAGGCUGCCCUGUUCAGCACCACAGUCGGCACGCAGGGCGGCCUCAAGACGUCCCCGUCCAGCUCUUCUCUCCACCAGGAGCCAACCAGCACAGGCGGCCACCGGGGCAAGCAGCACACCCACCGACAAGCCACCAGUGGCCCGCAGAAGUCCUGAAAGGGCCGGGGAGCCUGCCAGGAGGAUGGGUGCAUGCUUCCAUCCUCCCGCCUAGGAACUUUGCUUUCUGACCAUGUACUUGGACAAUUUCCACCAGCCAGCAGGAAGGUGGGUGGCCUUCCCCCCCCCCUCACUGUUCCAGGGGGCACAGCCUUCCUCGGUUUCAUGAGACUUGGGGUCCUGCUUGGGGAGCAGGCAAAGCAGCCCAGACCCCGACAGGGCUACUCUCCAGAGUCACUCACAGCACCCAGGAGGGGCAUCACAGCAGGAAGACAACAGCCCAGUUCUUGCACAGACCAACAAGAGGAGGCGGCGGCCGCUGCAUCCCCCUGGCUUCAUCCAAUCUGCACCCCCUCCCCCUGACACUUUCUAACACUUUUGUGAUAUGAUGUUUUAAAUUUUUUUAGUACUUGACAAAGCUGAACCACACUCUGCAUUAGGGAAUGUCAAUUUUGAUGUAGGGGGGGGGGAAAUCUGCACAUGCUCAAUCAUGAAGAGCUGUUUGUGGACAGUCUUGUUCAGGGGGGGGCAUCCACCUCUGAUGGCCACCACCCUUCGCCUGUGGGGGCACCAGCAACUCCUGCACCAACACCCCAAUUCCUUCGCCACCAGCAGCUACCCUGGACUGGCUCAUAUUUUGUCACCAGCCCAAGCUGGCCCUUGACUGGCCCCAGUGCUUUGCUCCGCAUCUCCCAAGCUGGCUCCAGGGUUUGCACAUGAGCCGCAAGACCAGCACAGGGUCCAGGGUACACCUGGGGAGGGGGUGACAGAGGAUGCCUUCUUGACAGGGCCAGCACCACAAAGCCAUACACGGGUGUCCCACGAGCACAGCCCACCUACCCCUUCGCUCCCACCUCGCCAGAAGCUCAGUGUGGAUGAUGAGUCCUCUGGCUGCCUAGAGGCCUCUGACUCAGCACUGGCCAAGCGCUUUGAGUUGCAAGAGCCAGGGCACAGGAGCACACAGGCAGAGAGCGAGCCAUCAGGGUUUCCACCCCGAAGCCAUUGCCAUCCUCGGCUGUGCAGCUGUGCCACGCUGGCCCUUGUUCCUUUAAAUGCAUCACUCCCAAGGGCUUUCAAGGCACGGCUCUGACACUCUACGUACAACACGCACGCAGCCAAGAGAGCCUGGCACAGAUAGGAAGCCUGGCUGUUGGGCAUAAAGCGAGCGCAGCGUCAGCAAAGACCUCAAGGGCCUGAGCCAGCCGAAAAGGGGGGUGAAUUCCUGAAGAGGAGGAGGGAAGACAGCGACCCCCCCGUGCUUGAGCACUGACUCUCUGAAUGUCUUUUUUAUUAUUAUUAUUAUUAUUAUUAUUAUUAUUAUUAUUAUUAUUAUUAUUAUUAUUAUUAUUAUUAUUAUUAUUCUGCUUGAGUUGAAUGCAAAAAAAGUCUUUAUCUCUGUACAGUUUCUUCUUCAUUUACUGAAGUAAAGUCUCCUCAAGCAUU